AUGGGAAAUCAUAUUUAUAACAGACAAAUUCGAGAUUCCUUUGUCGAAGAAGGUGAUGUCGAAGAUAAUGAUAAUAUCGAAAGAUCUCAAUCUCCAGAAUUACCAAAUUCUCCUGCUUAUCAAACUUAUAUUCAACGUGCAUACAAUUCAAGAAAUUCUUAUAAUUCAAAUACAAGCUUUAUGAAUAAUAAUUUAUUAGAAGCUCUGCCAUCUAAUAACUCAGAUACUACCGUUACUUAUGUCGAUUAUGCUGAUAGUAAUAUGUUACCCCAACAACAACAACAACCUCCUCCAAGACGUAAGAAGAGAGGAAGUAAAAGAAAAUCAUCAUCAUCAUCACCAAGAAAUUUAAAUAAUGCUGAUCAAGAUAAACCAUUUAAUCCAUAUGAUAGAAUAAAUUCCCAAAUUUCAAGAGUUCACGAAGAACCAAUCACAUCAAAUCAAUCUAAUAUAAUACUGUCCCAAACUAAUUUGGAAAAGAAUCAAAAUAUCGAUAUUAAUGUAUCUCAUUUAGAAUCUCAAGAAUUAAAGAAUGAAAAGCGUUGGUUUUCAUUUUUAUUUUCAAGAAAAGUUACUCCAAUUCCAUUAGAUUCAGAACGUGAAAUGUAUGCUUUAAAAAAUGCUAAUUUCCUUUAUAGAUUAUGUUUUUGGUGGUUAUGGCCAAUAUUGGUUCGUGGUUAUAAGAGAACUUUACAACCUAAUGAUUUAUGGGUUUUAACUCCUGACUUAACCGUCGAACAUAUGCAUCAAGUUUGGUCUGAACAUUUAAAAGAUAUUUUGAAAAAAGCUGAAGCUAAACAUUUAAAACAACAUAAAAAUUUGGAUGAUUUCAAAUGGCCAAAAUGGUCAAUUCCAUAUGCUUUAUUUUUAACUUUUAAAUGGCAAUAUAGUUUAAGUUGUUUCUUUUUAGCAUUAUCAUUCUGUGUUCAAUCUUUAUCACCAUUAAUCACUAGAAGAUUAAUUGAUUAUGUGGAAUAUAGAUACUUUGGUUUAGAAAAAACUUUAACUAAAGGCGUUGCUUAUACUAUUGCUUCAGUGGUUUUAAUCUUUAUUAAUGGUUUAUUAUUAAAUCAUUUCUUUCAUACUGCCAUGACUACUGGUGCUCAAUCUAAAGCUAUUUUAACAAAAGCUUUAUUAUUAAAAUCAUUUGAUUUAAGUGCUAAAUCAAGAUAUUUAUUCCCUAUUGGAAGAGUUACUUCAUUAAUGUCAACUGAUUUAGCUAGAAUUGAUUUAGCUAUUGGUUUCCAACCAUUAGUGGUUUGUUUCCCAAUUCCAAUCAUCAUUGCCAUUGUGUUAUUAUUAACUAAUAUUGGUGUUUGCUCAUUAACUGGUAUUGGAUUAUUUAUUGUUUCAUUAAUUGUUUGUGUGGUUUUAACUAAGAAGUUAUUUGAUACCAGAGAAACUGUGGUUAAAUAUACUGAUGAAAGAAUUAGUCUUAUGAGAGAAGCUUUAACUAAUUUAAAAGUUAUCAAGUUCUAUGCUUGGGAAUUAGCUUAUAGAAUGAAUAUUACUAAAAUUAGAGAAAAGGAAAUGAAGUAUCUUUUCACUAUUAAAGUCUUAAGAAAUUUCAUUACUGCUUAUGCUGUUACCUUACCAACUUUAAGUUCUAUGCUUUCAUUUGUUACUAUGUGGGCUACUAAUAAUAUGAAAUCUCCUGGUGAAGUUUUCAGUUCAUUAUCAUUAUUCUCAAUCUUGGCUCAAGCUAUUAUGUUAUUACCAAUUGCUUUAGCUACUGGUGCUGAUGCUCUUAUUGGAUUCACUAGAUGUAAAGAUUAUCUUUCUGCUGAAGAAUUAAAUGAUGAAUUAUCUAAUAGAAUGAAUCAACCAGUUUCUAAUCAAAGUUACUUUAUUGGAGGUGGUUCAGAAGAAGGAUUUGAAUUCAAACAUCAAUCUGUCCCAAUGAAUAAUCAACAAACUGUGUCAAGAUCUACUAAUAAUGAUGAUUAUGAUUACGAUUAUGAAUCAGAUGAAGAUGAAGAAACGGUUAUUGAAAUUAAAAAUGCUAAUUUCAUUUGGGAAUCAUUUCAUGAUGAACUAGAUGAAGGAUUAUGGGAUUUAAGUAAGGAUGCCAAAAAGAAGAAAGAAAAGAAGAGACAACACAAGAGCCAUAAGUAUCAACCACAACCACAACAUGAAGAUGAAGAUAUCGCUGCUGGUUCUGUUUCAAUAUUUUCCGAAAAACAUUCCAGUCCUUAUGAAACUGCUAGAUAUACCAAAGAAUCAUAUAUCCAAUCCGUUGAAUCCGUUGAAUCUAAUUCCAUUGAACUGUUCCCUGGUUUAUUAAACAUUAAUCUUUCUAUCAAGAAGAAUGAAUUUAUUAUCAUUACUGGUGCCAUUGGUACUGGUAAAACUUCCCUUUUAAGUGCUAUGGCUGGAUUUAUGAAAUUAAAUAAUCCUCAUCAAGGUAAACUUAAAGUCUAUGAUGAUUUAUUAUUAUGUUCAGCCCCAUGGAUUCAAAACUCAACUGUUCGUGAAAAUAUCUUGUUUGGUAAACCAUUUGAUCAUAAAAAAUAUUAUGAAGUUUUAAAUGCUUGUGCUUUAGAAGAUGAUAUUGAAAUGUUACCAGCUGGUGAUAAAACUGAAAUCGGUGAACGUGGUAUUACUUUAUCUGGUGGUCAAAAAGCUAGAAUCAAUUUAGCUAGAGCUUGUUAUACUGAAGCUGAAAUCUUAUUAUUUGAUGAUGUUAUUAGUGCUGUUGAUUCAAGAGUUGGUAAACAUAUUGUUAAUCGUUUAUUCAAAGGUUUAUUAAGAGAUAAAACCAUUGUUUUAGCUACCCAUCAAUUAGGUAUACUUGAAUCAGCUGAUAGAAUUGUAUUCUUAAAUGGUGAUGGUUCAAUUGAUGUUGGUACUGUUACUGAAUUAAUCUGUAGAAAUGAAAAUUUCCAAAAGUUAAUCGAUUUCAGUCAAGAAACUCAAGCUGAAUCUGCCAACAACAGUGAAUAUAACUUGGCUGUUAAUAACAUGGAAGAUGAUGAAGUUGCUGGAGUUAGAUUAUCUGAAAAGAGAUUAAAGGAACAAGCUGAUUUGUCCGGUAGAACCAUGUCUGAUGAAAUUAGUGCCACUAAUGCUAUUUCUUGGGAUGUUUAUAAGAAAUAUAUUCACUUAGGUUCUGGUAUUUUCGGUUGGACUGCUACUCCAGUUUUCCUAUUUUUAGUGGCUUUAGCUACCUUUUGUCAAGUUUUCACUAAUACUUGGUUAUCAUUCUGGACUGAAAAGAAAUUCCCAGGUAAAUCAGAUAAAUUUUACGUUAUUAUCUACGUCUGUCUUGCUGUUUUAACUGUCGUUUUCACUGCCAUUGAAUUUACUAUGUUAGCUUAUAUGAAUAAUAGAUCUGCUAGAAUCUUGAAUGUUAGAGCUGUUGAUAAGAUUUUACAUGCUCCAAUGAGUUUUAUGGAUACUACUCCAAUUGGUAGAAUCUUGAAUAGAUUUACUAAGGAUACUGAUUCUUUAGAUAAUGAAAUUGGUGAACAAUUAAGAUUAUUCAUUUUUCCAUUGGCAACUAUUAUUGGUAUUAUUAUCUUGUGUAUUACUUAUUUACCUUGGUUUGCUAUUGCUGUUCCAUUUUUAGGAUUUGCAUUUACAUUCUUGGCUAAUUUCUAUCAAGGUUCAUCUCGUGAAUUAAAAAGAUUAGAAGCAACUCAAAGAUCAUUAGUGUAUAAUAAUUUCAAUGAAACUUUAACUGGUAUGGCUACUAUCAAAUCAUUCAGAGCUGAAAAUGAUUUCAUUAAAAAGAAUGAUUUAUAUCUUAAUAAAAUGAAUGAAGCUUAUUUCUUAUCCAUUGCUACUCAAAGAUGGUUAUGUGUUCAUUUAGAUAUGAUUGCUUCUUCAUUCGCCUUGAUCAUUUGUAUGUUAUGUAUUACUGAACAAUUUGAUAUUAGUGCUUCAUCAACUGGUUUAUUAAUGAAUUAUGUGAUUCAAAUUGUUGGUAUUUUAGCAUUAACUAUUAGAUCCAUGACUCAAGUUGAAAAUGAAAUGAAUUCAGUUGAAAGAUUACAUGAAUAUGCCUUUAACUUACCUCAAGAAGCAGCAUAUGUUGUUCCAGAAUGUGAACCACCAAAGGAAUGGCCAGCUUCAGGAUAUAUUGAAUUUAAAGAUGUAUCUUUAAGAUAUAGAGACAAUUUACCAUUAGUGUUAAAAGAUUUGAAUUUAAACAUUUAUCCAGGUGAAAAAGUUGGUAUUUGUGGUAGAACUGGUGCUGGUAAAUCAUCAAUCAUGACAGCCUUGUAUAGAUUAACUGAAUUAGAAAAGGGUUCGAUUACCAUUGAUGGUUUAGAUAUUUCUAAAAUGGGAUUACAUGAUUUAAGAUCCAAUUUGUCUAUUAUUCCUCAAGAUCCAGUUUUAUUCCAAGGUUCCAUUAGAAAGAAUUUAGAUCCAUUUGAAUCAUAUAAAGAUGAAGUUUUAUUAGAUGCUUUAAGAAGAUCUGGUUUAUUAGAUCAUAAUUCGAUUGAAUUAGUGAGAAGAACUAAAUAUGAUCCAAAGAGAAAUGUUGGUUAUGAUGAUUUACAUAAAUUUCAUCUUGAUCAACUUGUGGAUGAAGAUGGUAUUAACUUCUCAUUAGGUGAAAGACAAUUGAUUGCCUUGGCUAGGUCUUUAGUUCGUAAUUCUAAGAUUUUAAUCCUAGAUGAAGCUACUUCAUCAGUUGAUUUUGAAACUGAUUCAAAAAUUCAAGAUACAAUUUCCAAUGAAUUCAGACAAUGUUCAAUUUUGUGUAUUGCUCAUAGAUUGAAAACAAUCUUACAUUACGAUAGAAUUAUCGUUAUGGAUAAAGGUAAAAUUGUUGAAAAAGGUGCUCCAACUCAAUUAUUCCAACAAAAUGGUAUUUUCAAAGAAAUGUGUGAUAAAGCCAACAUUAGAGGUGAUGAUUUCCACUAA